UCAGAUGCGAAACUUUCUUUCCCCGUAUUUUUCUUCGCUCUUGAAAUGUUCUUACUACAUUGGAUGUAAGAGGAAGUGAUUAAUCGGUUAGAUUGCUUUGAUUAGAACAUUAUAGUUAAACGUCGAUUAAUACUAAAGGAAAAGUGUCUUUAAUGAUAAUUAAAACCCGCGCUCAAUAAAAUGAGUGUAUAACUUUUUGAUAGGAUUAUAUAUGUGUAUAAAAUUCGCUUAUAACUAGGUAAGAAAAGUAUUUGUGCGUGUAUAAUAUUCUAAAGAACUAAGGACAUACAAAAACUUAAGGAAGUUAAACAGGUAAAAUGAAGGCAUGGAUUCAGACUGUUACCUCUGUUAUCAUUACUACCCUGUUGUCAAUGACAAAAACACGUGCUGCACGAGUUACAACUACACACGGUGUCAUUGAAGGAACAAGUGUCGUAAUCGAUGAUGUCACAGUCGAUAUUUACCUAGGAAUACCGUUCGCGAAACCACCUGUAGGGGAUCUCCGGUUUCGAGCCCCGCAACCGGCCGAUAAAUGGACUGGUGUGAAGGAAACUAAAACACAACCAAACAGUUGUGUGCAGUCUGCUGACACGAACUUUGGACGGUUUGAAGGUGUUGAAAUGUGGAACCCUAAUACCGACAUUAGUGAAGACUGUCUGUAUCUAAAUUUAUGGGUUCCAAGGACUAAUAAUACAUCUGAGCCAACAUUGAUUUGGAUUUAUGGCGGGUCGUAUGUAUACGGGAGUAUAACUUUAGAUGUAUAUGACGGGCGGUAUUUGGCCGCGAAACAGGGGGUAAUCGUAGCUUCUAUGCAAUACAGGAUGGGCGUUCUUGGAUUUUUGUAUACGGGUACUGAAGACGCACCUGGUAAUAUGGGUUUAUUAGAUCAACAGCUCGCCAUAAUGUGGAUUCACGGUAAUAUUGAAAGUUUCGGGGGCGACAGUAGUAAAAUCACGCUAAUUGGCGAGAGUGCUGGUGCGGCGAGUGUAAGCCAUCAUUUGUUGGCUAAUUCAUCGUGGCCUUAUUUCAAUAAUGCAAUAAUGCUCAGUUCUACCUCUUUGGCUCCGUGGGCGAUUGACUCGCCCAGUAAUCUGCUGGAACACACGAAAUCAUUUGCAAAAAUAAUGAACUGCUCAGACUCCGACUCAAGGGAGGUAAUCAAGUGCCUGCGCAACGAGGACGCAUUGAACCUUGAAUUAUAUCAGUGGUAUUUAAAUAACAAAAAUAUUGGUACAUUUAGUCCGACAGUUGAUGGCCAGUUUAUGCCGGACUAUCCUUCAGUGUUGCUUAACUCAGGAAAAAUGAAAGACACAGAUAUUUUAUUGGGUGAUACUAAAGAUGAAGGGGAAUAUUUCAUGAUUUAUUUCUAUCCUGAUAUUUUUCCCGACAUCUGGAACCCGAGUCCCUUGGACAGGAAUCAGUUCUCUAAGACCGUUUGUAGGGAAGCAGGUUGCCAGGGUGGCCUUGACCUUGAAGGAAUACUAUUUACGUAUGAAGCGUCGAGUUUACCGUCCAGUAGAGGAAGCUACAGAGACAUACUAGACGAUAUAAUUGGAGAUUUAAAUUUCAAAUGCUCUGUACGAAGUCUUGCAAGCUAUUAUGCCGAUGUAUCGGACGGACGGACAUACCUAUACUCAUUCGAAUACCGACAUUCGGCUAAUCCUUGGCCGUCAUGGAUGGGUUCACUACAUGGAUAUGAAAUAGAGAUUGUCUUUGGGCAGCCAUUUAAUCGUCAGUUGAAUUACAGUGACAUUGACCGUGAGGUCAGUGCCAAGGUCAUGGAUUAUUUCACCACGUUUGCAAGAAAUGGAAAUCUUGGUUCUUAUAGUAACGAGUGGCCAGAAUUCACAACAGACUCAGAGAAACAUAUCGUAUUUUCACAGAACGGUAGCACACAUAUACGAGAAGGAUUUAGAACAAAAGAAUGUUCGUUCUGGGAAUACCUCAUGCCAAAACUCAGACAACAAAUGUCAGAAAGCAGCACAACAAGUGGCGCCAUCUAUCAUCGCAUUCCCACAAUUCUCUUCUGCCUACCAGUGAUCAUUUCUGCAAUUAUCAUCAGUUGAUUGAUUGGCCUGCAUGCAUAUUUCAUUUGUCGUCUGCAUCUUCCAUCGUUUGUCUAACAAUUGGAAAUUUACGCACGCAUCCUAGACAAUACAGGUCGACGACAUCAGUUACGAGUCUUAAUUUCUUAUUUGUACAGCUAUCUAUACUGAACAAGACAGCGAACCUGCCAUUUGCUGUCUUGCCAAUAUCUUAACAAUUACUUUUUUUAAUUAAACAUAGUUACAAAUAGAUCAACAGGUUGUCAGUAACAUCAAAAUUUCUAAAAAUAUCUAUGUACGUAAAGAUAUAACUUUAUUCAUUACUACCACACCCCAUUUUCUAAAAGUCACAAAAUAUACAUUAGAUGAUUAAUAUAUACCAUUUACAAGAAUACGAAGGUAAAAUGUCACAUAAAUCGUUUUGAUAGGGCGACAAGGAUAUUAUUUUGUUUCUGUUGUCAGUUUCUUCCCUCAUAACGUCGUUAGUUUGUAACUUCUAGACAUUUAACCUUUACCCUGCUAAAUUUCUAAAAUGGACCAAUUUGUGCAAUACCAUUUAUUGUUUUAAAGGGUGUUCACUGGAAAUAGCGAACAGUGAAAUGUUGAUAUGUAUUGCUCUGAGUUUUCGCUAAAUUUCGAAGAAGAAGCAGUAAUUUUUAAGAUAUUGACACAAUAACAAAUGGUGGGUUAGCUGUUCUGUACAGUGUAAAUACAUUUUAAAGGUCGACAACUCGAGCUCUGAUAUGUUGGAGUUCUGCUUAAGUCGAAAUUGAGAGAAUUGAGACACGUUUGUCUCCAUGUUUCAGUACGACUUUGUGAUAUCUUCAGGUUUGGAAUCAGACAGCAUUCAUUUAGAUUU